UGCGGGCGCGGGAGCAUGGCGGCGCCGGCGGGCUCGCUGGUGGCGGACGUGCUGGCGCACUCGGGCCGCCUGGACAAGGAGGACCUGGGCACCCGCAUCGGGCGGCUGUCCCGCCGCGUGGAGGAGCUGAAGGGUGAGGUGUGCAACGUGAUCAACAAGAAGUACAACGAGUUCCUGCCCAGCGCGCAGAGCGCCGAGGGGCUGGCGGCGCAGGUGGAGGGGCUGUGCAGCAGCAUCGACCUGCUGAAGGCGGGCAUCGAGAGCGAGGUUCAGCGAGAUCUGAACGUUGCCGUUGCCGAGUUUACUGAGCUGAAGCAGCAGCUGGAGCAAGACACGCUGGUUCUGAGCAUCCUGAAAAAGCUGCAGGAGUUUGAUGUUGCUAUUAAAGACUACAAUACUGCCCUGCUGGAAAAGAAGUACGUUGCAGCAGCUCAGCACCUGGAAACGGCACAAAGCAACCUCAGAUUGCUGGAAUCCCGCAAGGGCUUUGAGCUGAAGAUCCUGAAGGCGCUAAGCACUGAGCUCACAGUGCAGACUCAGAACAUGCUCUAUCAUCUGGGAGAAGAGUGGCAGAAAUUGGCUGUAUGGAAGCUUCCUCCUUCAAAAGAAGGCAGCAGCCUGGAGUCAGUGGUGCAUUCAGAAUUGCACUUACACACGGUGUCAUCAAAAGAGGAGGAGAUUGCUGGCCCCCCCGUUGCUUCUGUGCUGCAGGCGUUUGCUGUCCUGGGAGAACUGCACACCAAGCUUAAAAUCUUUGGCCAGCUGUUGCUGAAACACAUCCUCAAGCCUCUGAUUUUAUACCCGUCUCUUCAGCCAUGCACAGAGGAACAGUCCGACGUGUUCAUCCUACGUUUUAAGUCUGAGGAACCUAGCUUGGAUCAUUCCUCUCCUAUGGAGGUUUUUGACAAGAUCAGGCUGAUUUUUGAAGUUCUCCACAAAUACCUGCUGAAUGUGCCUCUUGAGCAGCCUGUGGAAGAUAAAAAGGGUUGUGGAAUUACACUGGCAGAACUGCUAGGUGACUUGAUAUGGGAAGAACUGUCAGACUGCCUCAUUCAGAACUGUCUGGUGAAUUCAAUCCCAACCAAUAGCAGCAAACUAGAGCAGUAUAUAGAGGUGAUUAAAGCCACAGAGGAAUUUGAAAAAGCCUUGAAGAACAUGCAGUUUUUGAAAGGAGACACGACUGAUUUACUGAAGUAUGCCCGUAAUGUCAACUCCCACUUUGCUAACAAGAAGUGCCAGGAUGUGAUUGUGGCAGCCAGGAACCUGAUGACCUCAGAAAUACACAAUACUGUAAAGAUCACACCUGAUUCCUGUGUAACCCUACCAAAGCUUCCUGAUCCCAGGGCAGGAGAUCACUCAAAAAUGCCAAAAGCUUCUGAACUUCUGCACAACGACAUGGUGAAUUUGGAGAGUAAGACUAAACUGAGCCAGUACACAUUUUCUCUGCCCACAUGCCGCAUCAGUUCCUCAGUGGAGAAACUGAUGGAGUUGGCUUAUCAGACACUGUUGGAGGCUACUUCCAGCACAGAUCCGUGCUGCAUACAGCUUUUCUAUUCUGUACGGAAUAUAUUCCAGCUGUUCUAUGAUGUAGUGCCAACAUACCACAAGGAGAACCUCCAGAAAUUACCCCAGCUGGCAGCUAUUCACCACAACAACUGCAUGUAUAUUGCUCAUCACCUGCUCACCCUGGGACACCAGUUCCGAUACCGCCUGACUAACAUCUUGUGUGACGGAGCAGCUACUUUUGUAGACAUGGUGCCUGGUUUUAGGAGACUUGGGAUGGAGUGUUUUCUGGCCCAGAUGCGAGUGCAAAAAGGAGAAAUCCUGGAGAGGCUGUCAAGUGCCAGGAAUUUUUCUAAUAUGGAUGAUGAGGAAAAUUACUGUGCAGCUAAUAAAGCAAUAAGGCAGGUAUUACAUCAGCUGAAAAGACUGGGAAAAGUCUGGCAAGAUGUCCUCCCAGUGAACGUGUACUGCAAGGCUAUGGGGACUCUGCUGAACACAGCUCUCACAGAGAUUGUCACUAGGAUCACUGCCCUAGAGGAUAUCUCUGCAGAAGAUGCAGAUAGGUUGUACUCCCUCUGUAGGACCAUGGUGGAGGAAGGACCCCAAGUUUUCACCCCAUUACCUGAAGAUGACAAAAAUAAGAAGUACCAAGAGGAAGUUCCAGUCUACGUGCAGAAGUGGAUGACAUUCAAAGAGCUGAUGAUCAUCUUGCAAGCCAACCUCCAAGAAAUUGUAGAUCAGUGGGCGGAUGGGAAGGGACCUCUUGCAGCUGAAUUCUCAGCAGCUGAAGUGAAGAGUCUGAUCCGAGCCUUGUUCCAGAACACAGAAAGGAGAGCAGCAGCACUGGCCAAAAUUAAAUAACUCUGCCUUUACUCCUACACGUUGCAGCUUCUGAUAAAGCAAGAGGAAACUGAGUCUUCAAGUACUUUCUGGAUUGGACCGUUCUUAUUUGUACUGGUAUAAAAAAAAAAAAAUUAGGAUUAGGUUAAGUGCUUCCCUGGGGGCUUGACUUGAGCAUUUUCUAGCUCAGUGUCUGUGGGGCAGAGAGGAUGGCUCUGUGCAUCUGGGACCAGAACAAAGGUGGGUAAGACAGGGGCAUUAACUUCUUAUGCUCCAUCUGCCAGGCAGACAAAGUUUGGCCUUGAAGGUUCAAUCUCGUGCCGUGAUCCCCAGAGGUGUUCUGCCCAGAUCCAAGUUUUGCUUCAUGCACUGGUGGGUCUGUGGUCCGUGGUGAAGAAGAGCUGCUCUGUGUGAUGUUCACCAGUUUCCAUUCUCUCGGAUUUCAUCUUCCUAUUAAGCACAGCGUAGGGAAAUAACUCUUGUAUCCGACAUCUCUUUGUGAGAUCAGGUACUGCUGGCAGAUGGGCCUUGCAUGCAAGGCACUGUGUAAUAUCAUCUCAAGCUUGCUUGCUUAAGGGCCUUGUAGAAGGAUUUUUAUUUCUCAAUAGUGAAUCUUAUCUAUGCAGUUUUACAUCGGGGGCAGGAGCCCCUUUGUGUCUUACCUCUUCUGUCCCUGCAAGUUACAUAUGAAACCCACACAAUGCUAAAGUGCCAAACUUUGCUCUUUCCCACCUCAGGUUUCUCUGAAGAGCAGGCCUCAGGAGUGGAAAAGUAGGGGGAGGUGGGGGAGAGGAGAUCCUGUUCUGAGUGAACAGUUUAUCAAGCCACAGGGUUUUGCACAAGUGGCAGAAUUCCUCAUGGAAAAUGUCUUAAAGCGGACUGAGAAUUUUUCUAUCUCACUUUACCAACUGCAGAAGCCAGUUCAGCGCCUUCCCUUACCUUUCUGUUGUGUAUGAACUAGGCAGGUCUGGCAGCUGUUGUGUUUCAGGUAGUACAUAGUCGUUUAAGAAUAGAGAACUGUAAAUGAACAUGAAAAGGGAGUGAAGUGUGCACUCAUAGCAUCAUCUUUCAAGUUACAAAAGGCUGUGUUUAAGACCGAGAAAGGUACAUUUCUAUUAGUUCAAAAACUCACCAAGAGCAUUCAUUAAGACAUAGCCUGGAGGCCAAGAUGGGACAGUUGCUGCACACAAACAAAGUGUUUCCUACUGUAUAGUGCUUACAACCCACUUAUGAAAGUUCUCGUCACAGAGCUUAAUGUUUUAAUCUGUUCCCUACUGUUGCAUCCUUUUCAUUCGCACUCUUGUCUGACUUUGGUUCACAUUUGCAAGCAUUUGUGCAGGACCUGGCUCACAGCUGCCUUCCACAUUGCACUAAGCCAUUGCAGAAUGAAUGGCCCUUCUGCCUGCUGGAUGUGCCAGGCACAGCCAUGGCCAGGAGACCCUCCUGUUCCUGGCUUUACCUGGCACAGAGAGGGAACAAAUACAGUCAAGUGGCAGACAGACUGAAAGCAGCAAGGAAGGGAGAUACUGAAGCAAAACCUGACUGCUACUUAGAACUUGAGCUUUUUCUUUUCUUCUCCUCCAAGUAAUUUAUCUAAAGGCUGAAAGUGUUCCCAGAGCACUUACGUCUCGUGGGAUCCCUGCCCCUUUACACCCAGCAAUCCAAAAACCCCCACAUCUUUUGAAAAACAACACUUGUCUCAUGUGGAUUGUUCAUAGAAAUGUAAUUUGCUAUUUUCUUUAAUAAACUGUUUAUACUGA